GUAAUCUUUAAAUAGAUUUUAUAUGAAAUAUUUAAAAAAAAAUGUAUUCCUAUUAUAUAUUUUAUAAUAUAAUUUACGAUUUUGUAAAUAUAAGGUACAAAAUAAUUGACACAUACAUCAAAGUUAUACGUAUAUAUUCAUGAAAGAUUAUACAAUUUUCAGUUAGCAGUUGAAGAAAUUCAUUUGAAAAAAUGGGAGGUCAUGGUCAUGCAUCUUCAAUAAAAAUACCGAGUCCUGACAUAUAUAAAGUAGAAGAUGUGCCAGAGCUCAAAAUGGUUCAAGAAAAACUAGCUAAACAUGGAUUGAAAGAUCCUUGGUUAAGAAAUGAAGUUUGGCGUUAUACAGCACUUCCUGGUUCUUCUCAUACUUUACGAGUAUUUAAAUCUCUUACCAGGGGUAUGCUACUUGGAUUUGUUGCAUUUGUAGCAACACUAGGUAUAGAAAAAUCUCUUGGAAUUAGUUAUGAUCCUAAACAUGAUGAUCACGAUCAUGAUAGUCAUCAUUAAUUUUAUUUAAAAAAUAAUUGGCAAUAUAGAGAAAUAUUAUAAAAUCGCUUAAUUAUUAUUGUAUAUUAUAAAUUUGAAAAUAAAUUAUAAUUUAAAUGAAA